UGCGCGGUGACGCAGCCCGGGUGACGCGCGCGGACGACAGGGGUGGGGCCAGCGACUGGCGCUGUCAAGCGCAGCUCAGAGCCGUGAGGCGGGGGAAGAACGUCGAGGCGCUGGCAGGAGCCUGUCUGCUUCAUAACAAAAAUGUUUCACUUAAGGACUUGUGCUAUUAAACUGAGGCCUCUGACAGCCUCACAGACUGUUAAGACAAUUUCUCAGAACAAGCCAGCAGCGCCAAGGACGUUUCAACAAAUCAGGUGCUACAGUGCACCUGUUGCUGCUGAGCCAUUUUUGAGUGGGACUAGUUCAAACUAUGUGGAGGAAAUGUACUAUGCUUGGUUGGAAAAUCCCAAAAGUGUACAUAAGUCAUGGGACAUAUUCUUUCGCAAUGCCAAUGCUGGAGCUGCUCCAGGUACUGCUUACCAAAGCCCCCCUCCGUUAAGUACCAGCCUAUCAACGCUAACACACGCACAGUCUCUGGUUCAAGCACAGCCGAAUGUAGAUAAACUGGUGGAAGAUCAUCUUGCAGUCCAAUCUCUUAUUAGGGCAUAUCAGAUUCGAGGGCAUCAUGUAGCACAGCUCGACCCACUGGGCAUCUUGGAUGCUGAUCUGGACUCUUCCGUUCCAGCCGAUAUUAUCACUUCCGCAGAUAAACUGGAUCUUGCAGUAUUCAAGGAGCGGCUGAGAGUGCUAACAGUAGGAGGGUUUUAUGGCCUGGACGAAUCGGACCUCGACAAGGUUUUUCACUUGCCCACUACCACUUUCAUUGGAGGAAAUGAAUCUGCUCUCCCUCUUCGGGAAAUCAUCCGCCGUUUAGAGAUGGCCUAUUGCCAACACAUUGGUGUAGAGUUCAUGUUUAUUAAUGAUCUGGAGCAGUGCCAAUGGAUAAGGCAGAAAUUUGAAACUCCUGGUGUCAUGCAGUUCACUAAUGAGGAGAAGCGCACCCUGCUGGCUAGACUAGUCCGGUCGACCAGAUUUGAGGAGUUCCUGCAUAGGAAAUGGUCAUCUGAGAAGCGAUUUGGUUUGGAAGGCUGUGAGGUGCUGAUCCCCGCCUUAAAGGCAAUAAUUGACAGGUCUAGCCAGAAAGGAGUGGAUUAUGUCAUCAUGGGGAUGCCUCAUAGAGGGCGCCUGAAUGUGCUUGCCAAUGUUAUCAGGAAGGAGUUGGAGCAGAUAUUCUGCCAAUUUGAUUCCAAGCUGGAAGCUGCCGAUGAGGGCUCAGGGGAUGUAAAGUAUCAUUUGGGAAUGUACCAUCGGAGGAUUAAUCGUGUCACUGACCGAACCAUCACCCUUUCACUGGUUGCAAAUCCAUCUCAUUUGGAGGCUUCUAAUCCUGUAGUUCAGGGCAAGACAAAGGCAGAACAGUUUUAUUGUGGGGACACCGAAGGGAAGAAAGUGAUGUCUAUUCUUUUGCAUGGAGAUGCUGCCUUUGCUGGGCAAGGUAUAGUUUAUGAGACUUUCCACUUAAGUGACCUGCCUUCCUAUACCACACAUGGGACUGUUCAUGUGGUAGUGAACAACCAGAUUGGAUUCACUACUGACCCUCGAAUGGCUCGUUCUUCUCCGUACCCAACAGAUGUGGCCCGGGUGGUUAAUGCACCCAUUUUCCAUGUCAAUGCUGAUGACCCAGAGGCUGUGGUGUAUGUAUGCAAUGUGGCAGCUGAAUGGAGGAGUACUUUCCACAAAGAUGUAGUGGUGGAUCUGGUAUGCUACAGGCGCAAUGGGCACAAUGAAAUGGAUGAGCCAAUGUUCACCCAGCCAUUGAUGUACAAGCAGAUCCGAAAGCAGAAGCCGGUGCUGCAGAAAUAUGCUGAGACUCUAGUUUCACAAGGAGUGGUAAAUCAGCCAGAGUAUGAGGAGGAAAUUUCCAAGUAUGAUAAGAUCUGUGAAGAGGCCCUUGCCAGGUCCAAGGAUGAGAAAAUCCUUCACAUCAAGCAUUGGCUAGAUUCUCCGUGGCCUGGUUUCUUCACUCUGGAUGGCCAACCCAGAAGCAUGACUUGCCCUUCCACUGGUCUGAAUGAAGAAGAUUUGGGCCAUAUAGGAAAGGUGGCCAGCUCAGUGCCUGUUGAAAACUUCACAAUUCAUGGUGGUUUAAGCAGAAUUCUAAAAACACGUGGAGAGUUGGUUAACAAUAGAACUGUGGACUGGGCAUUAGCAGAGUACAUGGCAUUCGGCUCUCUUCUUAAAGAGGGAAUCCACAUCCGACUGAGCGGGCAGGAUGUUGAGAGAGGGACAUUCAGCCAUCGACACCAUGUCUUGCAUGAUCAAAAUGUUGACAAGAGGACCUGUAUUCCCAUGAACCAUCUGUGGCCAAACCAAGCUCCAUAUACAGUCUGCAAUAGCUCCCUCUCGGAGUAUGGAGUGCUAGGAUUUGAGCUAGGCUUUGCUAUGGCCAGCCCCAACGCUUUAGUGGUGUGGGAAGCCCAGUUUGGUGACUUCCACAAUACAGCUCAGUGUAUUAUUGAUCAAUUCAUCUGCUCUGGACAGGCCAAAUGGGUGAGACAAAAUGGCAUCGUACUGCUGCUGCCCCAUGGCAUGGAGGGCAUGGGCCCUGAGCACUCUUCUGCCAGACCAGAGAGGUUUCUGCAGAUGUGCAAUGACGAUCCAGAUGUCUUCCCGAAACUAGAUGACUUUGAUGUGCGCCAGCUGUAUGACUGCAAUUGGAUUGUAGUGAACUGCUCCACACCAGCAAACUUUUUCCAUGUUGUGCGGAGGCAGAUUCUUCUCCCCUUUCGGAAGCCGCUGAUAGUCUUCACUCCAAAGUCCCUGUUGCGUCACCCUGAAGCUCGCUCCAGCUUUGAUGACAUGUUGCCAGGGACUCAUUUCCAGCGUGUCAUCCCAGAAAAUGGUCCUGCUGCGCAGAAUCCAGAGGGGGUGAAGCGAGUUCUCUUCUGCACUGGUAAAAUCUACUAUGAACUCACCCGAGAGCGCAAGACUCGGGAGAUGGAAGCAGAAGUGGCGAUCACAAGGGUGGAGCAGCUGUCGCCAUUCCCAUUUGAUCUUCUGCUGAAGGAAUUCCAUAAAUACCCAAACGCAGACCUUGUUUGGUGUCAAGAAGAGCACAAAAACCAAGGAUACUAUGAUUACGUGAAGCCCAGACUCCGCACAACCAUUGACCGGGCAAAGCCAGUGUGGUAUGCUGGACGUGAACCUGCUGCCGCGCCAGCCACAGGCAACAAAAAGAACCAUCUGACUGAGCUGCAGCGCUUGUUGGACACUGCCUUCAACCUCGACUCUUUCAAGGGCUUGUCUUAAAUACUCUUGGACUGGUUUCUGCAGCGCACUGUGUGUGUUUCUCUGUCUGCUCACUUCCUUUCUAUGUCCUUAACUAUAGACCUUGUAAGCUAACUUAAGGCGCCUGUUAUUAAUCUCUUGUUUGCUCUUGAGGAACUGCCUCUUCAAUGACCCUGUCCAGAAUGCUCAUGUUAGGUUUUAUCUUCUGUGUGCUGUAGAUCAAACUUCUGGAACAGUGUGUUAUCACUCCAGCACAAGCCCAUGUCCUUUCUGACAACCCUGGGACUAACCAGUCCCCAGAAUGAGGGAUUUAGAGGGACUGGUAUUUGCGUUCCAAACAAGUGUCUCUCUUUUGAGACUGUGAUGACUCCAGAUGAUGCCUGAGCCAUUGUCUCCAACCCAACAGUGAUUCAGGAGGCAGGCGUUGCUUUUAAAUCACAAACACAAAUGUGCCCACCUGGAAGGAUGAGAGGAAUGAUGUCUUUUCAUUCCAUUUUCCUCUCUAGAAGUUUUUGAUCUGGCAUAACUCUUCAGUUGUGUAAUGAGAUUAGAUUCCCUUUCCUUAAGCACGACAACCCUAGUACUGAAAAUCCUGGGCUAGCACCCUAAAUCACUGCUGCUGUUUCUUGUGGUUUAGCAGCCUAGCAUUACCCAUACUGAAUACACGCACAGACAGCUCAAAUUCAGGCACUCUUCUUUCAGGAGGGGUCCCUCCCCCUUUAAUGAUGUUAUAACUCAGCCCAGGCACUAAUCUGUUUGCGGGAGGGGCGUGCUCUUUUCAAAACUUCCACCAUUUGUAGUCCUAAUAUCCCUUCCUGGGUAGGAACUUGGUAUACAGUGGACACUAUAAAGAAUCUUUUAUACAGUCACCAAAGCCACUUCUCUUUCAGCCUCCAGGUUUGCUUAUCUUUCAGGUUCUGACCAAGAGAAAACUACACUUGGGAAUAAAAAAAUACCCAUGAACUAAUGUUUUGUAUAGGAAAAUGUUGGGGCUGAUUCUUAGAUCACACUCUUGCCUGUAAUACCACAUGUAAAGCAAAAUUUGAGUCUCUCUACUAUUACUUGAGCAGAAUUUAAUGUUCCCCCCGCCCCUUCAUGGGCUAUAGUCACAUUGCACUUUUUUUCCUGAGUUUCAUGCAAAUGGGAAUCCACCUUUGCUGCACACCUCUUUCAUAAAUUACUUCCAUAAUGAUUAUUUCAGUCUUAACUUUGAGUUUAGCAAUGCUUUUAAAGGACUACUUGUGUAUAUAGAAUUGGCGGAUGAAGUAUUUGUU